GUGUCACACCUCUCCGAGACGCGUCGACGAGCAACGGGACCUUUCUCUCUCACGCCUCUCAUCUUUAUCCGAGUCCUUCAGCUUUAUGUUCUGGAGAUUCGGCUUCAGCGCAGCCUCGGGUAUCGACAGUCUUCUAGACAAGGAAGAUGUUUCCCUCGAGGGCAUACUAGAUGAAGACGAGCUCCUUCAAGAAUGCAAAUCACAAAAUACGAGAUUGAUUGAUUACUUCCAACGGGUGGAUGUCCUUCAGCGAUUGCUAGGCUAUGUAACGGGUGAGAUAGAGUGCGAGGAGAGGGGGCAGUUCAAGUACCCGUAUGUGGCGACCGAGGUCUUGUGCAGCGAAAUAUGGUCGAUCGUCGAGACAUGCAUCAACGAGCAGGCGCAGCUGCUGGUGCCCUUCUGGGAUUCUCUUCUCGACAGGUCCCCGGAGGACAUGAAAACGCAGAUGGUGAUGGCCUCCCACUUUGCCAAGAUUAAUGCCAUCUUCUUGAACAAGAAACCCGCAGAGAUGCUCGCAUUCAUCCAAUCUCAACCCAACGUUGUUGAGAGGAUACUACAUCAUAUCGAGAAUCCCUCGUUUGUCGAUCUGUUGGUUCGCAUCAUCCAGCUUGAUGAAUAUCAGGGAGGCGCUGGUGUGUUGGAGUGGCUCUCUUCACAAAAUCUCAUGGCGCAGUUAAUUGAGCGGUUGGCCCCACAGCAUCCUCCCGAACUACAUGUAGUGGUGGCAGAGUUGAUCAAGGGCAUUAUCUCCUUAGCCACACCGUCACCAGGUUCCAGCGUUAGCGAGGGACUACAGAACGGGACAUCAUCCAAUCUCUUCGCCCGUGAACUGGCGCGCCGUGAAAGCGUGUCAAAGCUUGUGGUGUAUGCCCUACAGGAUUUUGGGCCGGGCCGUAACGUGGCUUCUGAAGACGAUCAAGACGAUAAAACACAUCCCCUGCUUCCCACCUUCGAAUCCGCUACUUCAUCCGUUAUACAGUCUAUUGGCGUCGUCAUUGAGCUCAUACGGAAAAACAACUCGGACUACUUCGAGCCUUAUCUAUUCCACACCUUACGCAACCGGUUGAUGCAAAUACAGCAUCAGUAUAGUUCACAACCUGAGAAUGUGACCAGAGAAGCACUCGAACACGCCAUGGGAGAGAUGGUGGAUCGCAUGGGAGUCGUUCAUCUAGGUCCCGUUUUGGAGAUCAUGAACGACAAUCUUCAUACGUUCCUCGACUAUUUGAAGUCGCCACGAAGCUCGACGGGGCCCGUUGGAACGACCGUGGGGAUGGUAGUUCCUCUCACUUUUGAACGGUUUAGGAUUUGCGAAAUGAUUGCCGAGCUGUUGCAUUGUUCAAACAUGUCUCUGCUCAAUCGUCCUCCGGAGCAGAACAAAAUCUACGACUCUCAGGGUCGUCUGAUAGGUGGGCUUGCUGGACUGGAAGAGCUCGCUAAAUUGGUUGACGUACCUGACGGGCCGAACGAUGACUCUAUGGAUGAUAUAGUCGACACUAUGGAGCCCUCUCUGGACCUUCCGGUGACGCAUUCAUCACAUUCUCCAUCGUCUCUAGAUUCGGAUGAGGACAUGAGCGAUGACGAUGCCAUGGAGGAAAUAAUAAUGCAUGAUGAACCUCCUGCCAUCACUCCACCUGGUCUCAGUCCCUCGGAACCACCACCGCCUAUGCUUGUUCCGUCAUCGUCGAACGUAAGUCGAGGAGCUGCGCUAUCUAGGGUAGACUCGAGAGACGACGGCUCGGAUUCCGAUGCGUCAUCCACAGUUGGACAGCGAUCACAGAGCUUGCGGAGAAACUCUAAACGAUUUGCAAUACAAGAACCACCCCUCAGCAAACCGGUAUUUGUCGGUGAAAAGAUGAAAGCGCGUCUUCUCGAGCUGCGCGUUCUCCCUACCCUAUUAGACUUGUUUUUCGAGUAUCCAUGGAACAAUUUCCUACACAGUGCCGUUUAUGACAUUAUACAUCAGAUACUCACAGGCAAUCUAGACAGUGGAUAUAACAGAGAGCUGGCGAUUUCACUCUUCAGGGAUGCGCGUCUGAUGUAUCGUAUUGUGGAAGGACAGAAACACAACGAUAUCGAGAGUGCGAAGCCCAAAGGUGUACGUUUAGGAUAUAUGGGCCAUCUUCAGCUGAUAUCUGAAGAUGUGCUCAUCGCGCUUGAGGUCUUCCCGCCGGAGGUACGGCUGCUUAUCAUACAAUAUGCCCCGGAUCCAGACUGGGACGAAUAUGUUACGGGAAGAUACCUUGAGACGAAGAGGCGGGAUAAUAUCCUUCUUGGAGGGGGGAAGCCUGUCGUUGGACCCAGUAUGGGCCGUCAAGCGGGACGGUGGAAGGUGGACGAGGAGGACCCUACUGGUUUCGUUGGACUAUCGUCGACAUCAACAACAGGGGCCAAUGGAACGAGCCAUGGACAGGAUAGUCGGGGGGAGUUCAAACGGGCCGUUGGAGCCCGGCCGACGCGUGAGAGCAGCGCUGACUUUGGCGCACCGAUGGAUGAUGACGUCGAAGACGAUGAAGACGACGACACAGCACCUCGGCAGUUUGCUAGAUACCUAGCGCAUGAGAUGAACGCUGAUAACUUUGGCUCUGACGAUGAGGACGAAGAUGGAGGGUGGUUAUCACGGUCUACGUUCACACUUGGAAAUCCGCCUGCCGCAGCUCGGCACCAAGAGAGCGAACGGAGGCCGCUGAGUGUAAAUGGGUUUGAUGAUGCCUUUGACCCCGGUCACAGCUCCGAUUCCGAGGAUCCAUUCGGUUCAGCAGAUGAUGAUGCAUUUGGGCCAUUCUCCGACUCGGCGGCUGUGUCUAGCAAUGACGCUUUCUUUUCGUCACUGUCUGAUGAGAUGGAGGAUAGCACGUUUGAUAACUUUGGUGACUUUGGGGAUUUUCAGAGUGCUAGUCCGUCGCAGGAUGGGGAGCUGACGCCUACGGCGGGGAGCUGGUCGUUUGCUAGUGAUUCCAGUGCUUCGGAUGAAGGUGCUCCGUCGCCAUCUGAUGGAUCCCCCAAGCUCCGAGGUUCGAGCAGUAUUCGGGAAGAUCCCUGAUAGGAGUCCUUGACUGUAGAUUUUGGACUGUUGACUCUGCGUAUUUAUGAUGCUUGCUUGCCGUAUACAUCUGUAGUACGGAUUUACUUAAUAUUUAGAAGUUUCCUUUUUCGAU